AUGAGCACAUCAGCCAUAGCCAAGAAGGUCAACUGGUACGUGGUAAUGAAUGGAGAGCUAAAUAAGAAAGGAUUCUCAAAGACACUCCUUAGAUGCAUCCCUGAAUGGGAACAAGAGGGAAUCAUGGAAGAAACUCAUGCUGGAAUCUGUGCAAAUCACAUAGGUGGAAAAGCCUUAAAAGUCGAGAUACUUCAAAGAGGAGCGUACUGGCCGACAUUGACACCAGAUGCCUUGGCAUAUGUUAAAAAUUUCGAUUGUGAUGCUAUAAAGGAUUACCUGGAGGAGCUGAAUGUCAAAUACGCAAGUGUGUCUGUGUGUCACCCGCAGAGCAAUAGUCAAGCUGAAGCAGCAAACAAGCUGAUCUUAAUUUCCUUGCAGAGAAAGCUUGAGGAACAGAAGGGACUUUGGGCUGAUCUAGUGUCAAAGGUGCUAUGGGCGAAUCGAAUAACGGAGAAGGAAGUAACGGGCAAGAGUUAA